AUGAGUAGAAAAGGAGUUAUAGCCAAAAGAGUGAAGACUGCUCCAGACGGCCAUAUCGAGAAUCAGCGCCCGAACGCGCAGUCCGGCUGGCCGAGGAACGCAUGUUCCGCGCUCGGCCAAAACGUAUUCCGUCCGACUGAAUGUCUCGGCCAAAGUCCAACCCUCGGCCGAUCACGCACACGACCCGGGAAACUCAAGUCCCGCGGUCGGCCAACGCCACGCCACAAGCCGCGCACGACCAGCGCGCGAGCCGGGAAACGCCUCGCGGCCGCGCAACUCCCUCGCGUACCGCGAUGCACUCCGUCCGAGCCGGGGAACUAUGCCCACGUCCGGCCAAGACCAUCGGCCAAAUCUUAUCCGUCCGACCACAGCCGGCCGACCGAAAUCAUCCGGCCACGACCGUUCCGACUCGGCCGACCGUUAAACAUCCGGCCCCGACCGUUCCGACUCGGCCAAAGACCCGACUGUCCGGCCGACCGUCCCAAUCCGCACAAUUCAAGCCCAAAGCCGGCGCCGACCUAG